AUGGGUCUCGAAGACGGCAAGGACUACGAAGCGGUCGCCACACCCGUCGACAAGGGCUUCGAUGAUGAACCCGCCGUCGACAAGCCUCUUGAAGGCUGCUCGAUCCCAUUCAUGCUCAUCCUCUGCGCGCCCAAGAUGGCCAUGAACAUGGCGUGGGCUGCGCAGUGGGCCGCCCUCGGCCCGCUCCUCCAGAUCCUCCUCUCAUCGUCGUGGGUUCAGGUCGUCCAGCUCGUCGGUCCCACGACGGGUCUCCUCGUGGCGCCGACGGUCGGUGUCCUCUCGGAUGCGAGCACCUCCAAGUACGGUCGCCGCCGCCCGUACCUCUUCUGGGGCGCGAUCACGAGCGCGCUCUGCUGGCUCGUCAUGAUGCACGCCGUCGACAUUGGCGAGGCGCUUGGCGACACCAACACGACCAUGAUCAACAAGUACGUCGCCGAAAAGACGGAGGACCUCAUCGACCGCAAGUGGACGACGUUCUUCACGGUGAUCUGCUACAUUUGGAUGGACAUUACGUGCAACCUGACCCAAGUACCCGUGAACCUCAUCAUGGCCGACUUUGCCGGCGAUCGCCAGGUCACGGCCGCCUCGAUCGGCGGCGCCUACUCGAUCGCGGGCUCGUUUGCGGUCUCGGGCUACAUUCUCUUCUUUGGCGCCGCCCACAAGACGAUCAAGCCCUUCAUGACGAUGCUCAUUGUGAUCAUGCUCGUGACGACGAUGGCGGUCGUCGUCUUUGUCAAGGAGACACCGUACGUGCCGGUGGUGGCGCGCCAGAAGGGCGCCGAGAUCAAGGCGGCGUUCGUGGCGGUCUGGACCGGUAUCCGCCUGCUUCCGUACACGCUCGCGGUCUACGCGAUCUGCUUUGUGCUCAUGCAGUACGGCUACACGGCGUACAACGGCGCGAAAGGCCAGUUCUUUGGCCUCGUCGUCAAGAAUGGUAUCUCGACCGGCGCGGACAAGUGCGGCGACGAGUGCAACCAGCGCCAGAUCGACUUUAACGACGGCGUCCAGAUCGCGAGCGGGACGACCGAUACCGUCUACAACUGCGGCAGUCUUCUCUGGCUCGCGGUCCUCCCGUACCUUGUGCGCAAGUUUGGCGCCAAAAACGUCAUCACGUACGGCACGUUGCCGCAAGUGCUCUUGAUCCUCAUGGCCUUUUGCAAGAACAUUCCGGUCGACAUCAUCAUUGUCAUUCUCUGCGGCAUCACGCAGAACACGAUCAACACGCUGCAGAUCCCGACGAUCAUGCACAUUGUCGGGCACGAAGCCGAGAACAACCUCGGGUUGUUUGCUGGCGCGUUCAACUCGGCCAACUGCCUCGGCCAGUUCCUUAACUUUGCGUUCUCGAGUCUCCUUGUGAAAUCGGACAUGGGCUACGCCCUUCCGGUGCUUGUCGGCGGUAUUCUCACCUUCCUUGCGCUUCUCAUCGCCUUCUUCAAGCUCGACCUCAAGAUGAACACGAUGUAA